CUCACUGAAGGCAGCAGCUAACAGCGCGAGCUAAUCCGGCUAGCAGCUGUGAUGGCGGAGCUGCAGGCCUCCUCGAGCCAGCCGGGGCUGAAGGCUGACGGCCUGGCCGAUGUCAUUCAGCGGGCCCGGCAGAUGGUGGGUAAGAUGGGUGGAGAAAACAUACCCCACCUCAACAGCUCCUCAGGAAGCGUCGAGCCCUCUCUGUACUACCAGAAACGAGGUGGAGAAGACGGAGUAGGUAACCAGCUCCCGGCCAUGGGCCAUCAGAGCAGAGUAAUCACAGAGGAUUACAAGGUUCCAGACAGGAUGGUGGGCUUCAUUAUUGGUCGAGGAGGAGAACAGAUCACACGGAUCCAGCUGGAAUCGGGUUGUAAGAUCCAGAUCGCGGCCGACAGUGGAGGUCUGAUGGAGCGGCCGUGUUCGCUGACUGGAUCUCCAGAGAGCAUCGAGCAGGCGAAGCGACUGCUUGUCCAGAUCGUGGAGCGCUGCAGGAAUGGGCCUGGUUUCCAUGGUGACAGCGAGGGCGGGACCUCGGUGCAGGAGAUGCUGAUCCCAGCCAGCAAGGUGGGGCUGGUGAUCGGCCGAGGAGGAGACACCAUCAAGCAACUGCAGGAGCGAGCCGGGGUGAAGAUGAUGAUGAUCCAGGACGGCCCCAUGCCCACGGGGGCCGACAAGCCUCUGCGCAUCUCUGGCGACCCGUACAAAGUGCAGGCAGCCAGGGAGCUGGUGUUGGAGGUGAUAAGAGAGAAGGACGGGGACUUCCGAUCGGGACGCAGCGACUUCGGCGUCAGACUGGGAGGAACCAGCCUGGAUGUUCCUGUUCCCAGGUUUGCCGUCGGCAUCGUGAUCGGCAGAAACGGAGAAAUGAUCAAGAAGAUCCAGAAUGACGCUGGAGUCCGGAUCCAGUUUAAGACAGAUGACGGCAUCAGUCCUGAGCGUGUUGCCAUGGUGAUGGGUCAGCCAGACCGCUGUCAGCACGCCGUCCACCUCAUCAACGAUCUGAUCCAGACCGCCCAGGAGCGUGACGGCUUCGGCUCGAGCCUGCGCAGCGGUCGGGUCAGAGGUCGUGGUGACUGGACAAUGGGCUCUCCAGGUCCUCUACAGGAAGUAACUUACACCAUUCCUGCUGACAAGUGCGGCCUGGUCAUCGGUAAAGGUGGAGAAACCAUCAAGAGCAUAAACCAGCAGUCUGGAGCUCAUGUGGAGCUGCAGAGGAACCCACCUCCCUCCACCGACCCCAACACCCGGGUUUUCACCAUCAGAGGCACCGCUCAGCAGAUGGAAGUGGCCCGUCAGCUCAUCGAUGACAAGAUCGGGGGUUCAGGAAUCAUUAGUAACGGAGGUUUCGGCUUCAGUGCUUUCACCCAGGGCCCCACCGCACAUCAGAACUGUGGCAGCGGUCAGACCUUCCUGACUGGAGUUUGGGGAAACACUUACCAGACCAGCUGGCAGAACCCCGGACAGCAAGACCCAGGUCACAGUUUGGCUCAGACAGGACAGAUGGACUACUCCAAAGCAUGGGAGCAGUACUAUAAAAAGUUAGGUCAGCAGAGCCAGCAGCAGAGCGUGAUGACGGACUACAGCAAAGCGUGGGAGGACUACUACAAGAAACAGAGUCAGUCUUCCCAGCAGAGUUCGGUGCCAGACUACUCUGCAGCGUUAGCAGAAUACUACAGACAGCAGCCCUACCUGUGGAACCCCGCCCAGAUUCAGGAUCACUAAAGGCUCCUCCCUCACCAACUCAGGGCCUUAGAUCGUCACCAAUGGCAAACGAGUGGGGGUUUUCAAGCGACGCUCUGCCACUUCCUCUUCCUUUUUGUAGAGAAACUAAGGAUUAACUAAAAAUCAUGAACUAUUUUCUUUCUGUUUUUUAACUUUACCGCAGCAAAAGGUUUUCAGGCAGAUUCUUGGACUAGCCUCUGGUGUAGACCUGUUUCUUUUUCUUUUUUUAUCAAACUUGAACGCAAAUAUAUUUCAGUGCGACUUUGAACAAAGCAAAUCCCGUAUAAUCUAUUUUGUUUAGUUUUAUUUUUCUGAUAAGAAAACAUUAAAAGGUUUAGCAGUCUUGAGUUAAAAAAUCAGUUUUUGUUAUUUUGUUGAUGAUAUUGUUUUACGGCAUGCGUCAGAUUGUUUCUUUUUUGUAUUUUCUGCAUAGAUAUAUUUUAAUAGCGUCGGAUGGCAAUGUGAUGUUUUAUCGACAAAGACAGAAGUGUAUUUUGUACUAAAUGUUUUGCUUGCUGCGUCUGUUCUCAAUCUAAUUUUACCCGUUUAGUCGCCAUCUUGAAGGUGCAAUGACGCAUUUUUCUGUUUUGGUUUGAUAAUUCUUAUUCCUGUAUCUUUAUAGUGAUAUCUUUAGGUUUUAUUAUGUAAUGAUGAAUAAAUGACGAUUUAUAUUGCGUUGUCUAAAGCCAGAUCUCUCUGUGGUCAAAAGCUUGGUGCGCUCACGGAAUCUAACCUCCAGCUUGCCCCUCCCCCACCCAAACUUUUUUUUUUUUUUAAGUGGUAUUUGUUUUAUUCUAAGUAAAAGUUAAUUUUGUUUUAUGUCCUGCAUUUUUACUGUGCUAUAUUAUUUUUGGACAAGCUUUGAACUUGUAAGGUGUGCUAGCAUUAGCCGAACAAGCACAACAGUAACGAGUGGCAUGUUACCUCAGCCGUGUGUACGUGGAAGUGUGUAUUUCUGUCUGAAAGUUAAACGAAUGCCUUAAAAGCUGUAUUCAGGAUGACAUCAGGAUUCCACGUUUGUGACAGAUGAACGUCGGAACAAAAACCAUUUCUAAACUCGUGCUAGCAUAGAUUUUGAUUAUGUUGUGUAUGUUGUAGAGAACAAAACAGGUCUGCUUGAAGUGUUUUGGUUUAAUAAUAUGUUUGAAAAUAUGUGAAACCUGUUCCAGUUUAACCUACGAAACAUUUCUGAUUUGUUCUAUAAACUACGUUUAACAAGCUUGGAGACAGCUUUGACGUUUUUCUGUCUUUGCUAACAACAUCUAAUGAGUCAGCAUUUUCAAACGGCUAACAAUUACCCCCAAAAAUUUGCCUUUCAAAUUAAAAUACUAUAUUUCAGAGCAGUAGAAAAAACUGAGUUCCAAUGAAACUAAACAGUUAGCAUGUUAUUUUAAAUGUUGGCGCUAAAUUGGCCAAAAUUAGUGACUUAAACUGCUGGCGUCCCUCAGUUCUCUGUAACGUUAGCCUCAGCAGCGUUUACUGAACAUGUGUAGAACAUGUAUGCUCAUCUGUGUUUGAUGCUUGCUAGAACCAGCUAGCUGGCUGGUGUGAGUUAGCAGCGUGUUGUGUUUGCAUGUUUUCGUGCUGAAUUAUUCUCAGAUUUACAGUUGUGUUCUCCUGUAUACUUGCACCGUUGAAAAUGUAUUUUUCUUUGUCUCAUUUUUCAAACCAGCAGAACUUUGGAUCUACUGAAUGUUUAAUGCACAUUUGUUAAAAUUUGAAGUGUUAUUAUUGCAUUUUAUUUUUUUAACUUAAGUCCUGCAGUGAUAUUUUAAGUCAGACAAUUGUAUCUUGAAGGAUGAUUCCAACUUUUAUGUUAGCAUCAGGGGUUACUCCAUUAGCCAAACGUUGUGCAGAAUUUUAAUCAGCUUUGCACGUCCUAAGAAGGCAAGAAUUUGCUAGUUUGCCAAGAUUUCGUGUAUUUCUUUGCUUUUUUUUUGUAUCUUAUAAGGUAUGUAAUUCCAGCCCUCGUGGUGUUUUCUUGCGUCAUCUGUGUCUAAACAUUUUGCGUGUGGGUGCGUGUUGGCGAACUUGGUCAGACCACAGAGAGGUUUGUCUGGUUUCGGGAGAUCUGGUUGUUGUGGAAUAAAUGGUCCCUCUAACUGUAUGUGUGACGAUGAUGAAAUGACACCAAUAAAAAACAGCGUUCUCCUCUUCAGGAGUUUAUUUAAAUCGGAUAAAUAUUUAGUUUGAGAUACUGUGGUUUCAUGAAAAGAUUCCCGCUUUGGUGGGCGCUCUCCUGUUUUAAAAGAAAACACUUUGUACUUUUUUUUGUUUUUUUUUGUCCUGUUAAAAUGAUGGUGUUUGAUUCUCAUGUCUCACCAACAGUGUGCUUAUUCUCAAGACUGCUAGGCUAAUCUUAUCUGUUUAGGUGGCUGCCAGGUUGAAAGUUUGAUUUUCUUUUUUUGGACUUCUCUGUUUUCGGACCAGAAGCAUAUCCAGCUAACCACCGUCCUCAAACGCGUGGAAGUCCUGGUCCUCAUUGUUGCGGCAGUUCUGUCGGCUUGAAGGUCCCUGCGGUUGUUUAAACCGCUGGCAUGGACUUUGGUCUGGAUUCAGUUCUUGGUUCCCAACCCGCCGAGGACUGUUUGGACCAAUUGUGCCCCAUAAGCGGAUCAUAUGCGGCCAGACCUGUCCCCUCUGGUUUAAAGCUUCCUGGUCUUCACCUCUGGUCAUGUGGGGGGGUGGUGGGCUUCUGGUUUGUGGUUUCUGUUCUUUUUCUAAUGGGCUGAUGUCCUAACUGUAACCUGCAGAUUUUUCUAAUAGAUUCUAUUCAUUAAUAGAUGUGUAUGAACCCGAGCCACAACUGUUGGUGGCCAAGAAAGAUGAUGAUGAUGCUGAUGAUGGUUAAUAAACAGGCUCAUUCUUCUGA